CCAACUUAACCCUGGGACGCAUGCUGCUAUAGAAACUGAUUUGGGAGACGUGUUGUUCAGGAGAUCCCCGAUAUUGAGGGUGUCUCAGAGGUUCUCUUGGGUUUCAUCAUCCUGCAUUGUACGGAUUACUCCCGAGUGUUUUGUGUAACGCAGUGCUGCAUACAGUGCGACCACUCAUCCAAACACUUCAUUCAUCUCAGGGAGACCAGCGGUGUGUUUAUGUCUUUGCUUUACGAAAACGCAGGCUAUUUGGACGCAAGGAGCUGCGUAUGGGAAAGAGCUGUUGGACAGCUGUUGAAACCUGCGUGGGGGGAACUUAGUCAACGAGCUUGCCCCUUGGAGCCUCAGUGGCCAAACCAUUUUCAUGUCAGAGACCGAGUCUUCUUGCAGUCGUUUAUGUCAUCCUUUCCUCUCUGCACUGAGAAUACGAAACUUUGCCAAUUCAGGAUCUUGUCGUCUUGCUGAUAAAGUCUAUAGCAAGCCAAAAUGUCUGUCAACGUCAACCGUAGUGUUACGGACCAGUUUUACCGGUACAAGAUGCCGCGUUUGAUUGCUAAGGUGGAAGGCAAAGGAAAUGGUAUCAAGACUGUGAUUGUUAACAUGGUUGAUGUUGCCAAGGCACUGAACAGGCCUCCAACUUAUCCAACCAAAUUCUUUGGCUGUGAGUUGGGAGCCCAAACCCAGUUUGAUGCAAAGAAUGACCGAUAUAUUGUGAACGGAUCUCAUGAGGCAAACAAACUGCAAGACAUGCUGGACGGAUUCAUUCGCAAGUUUGUGUUGUGUCCAGAGUGUGACAAUCCUGAGACUGAUCUGCACAUCAACGCCAAAAAGCAGACCAUAGGAAAUUCCUGCAAGGCCUGUGGAUACCGAGGCAUGCUGGACACCAGACACAAGCUCUGUACUUUCAUUCUCAAAAAUCCACCCGAGAAUGACACUGGAUCUGUCAAGAAGGAAAAAGAGAAGAAGAACCGAAAAAAAGACAAGGAGAACGGCUCAAACAGCGGGGAAGCUGGAGACCGUAAAGACAUCGAUGCCCCUGAUGCUGUGGAUGGAGAUGACGAUGAUGAAGAUUGGGCUGAAGAGACCACCGAAGAGGCACAGCGUCGCCGGAUGGAGGAGAUCAGUGAGCAUGCAAAGGGCCUCACGCUGAGUGACGAUCUGGAGAAAAGCCUGGAGGAAAGGGUCAACCUGUUCUAUAAUUUUGUGAAGCAAAAGAAGGAGGAAGGUGUGAUUGACUCUACUGAUAAGGAAAUCCUGGCUGAAGCAGAGCGGCUUGAGGUGAGGGCCAUGGGCCCGCUGAUUCUGAGUGAGCUGCUCUUUGACGAAAACAUCCGCGAGCAGAUUAAGAAAUACAAGCGCCACUUCCUUCGGUUUUGCCACAAUGAUAAAAAGACUCAGAAGUACCUACUGGGUGGCAUUGAGUGUCUGGUGAAGCUCCAUCAGAGUCAGCUGCUGCCCCGUGUCCCCGUCAUUCUCAAAGACCUGUAUGACGCAGACCUGCUGGAAGAAGACGUCAUACUCGCCUGGGCCGAGAAGGUCUCCAAAAAGUAUGUGUCUAAAGAGCUUGCUAAGGAGAUUCAUGCCAAGGCUGAGCCCUUUGUAAAAUGGCUGAAGGAGGCUGAGGAGGAAAGUGAGGGCAGUGAUGAGGAGGAUAAGGAAGAUGAAGACAAUGUGGAGGUGGUGUAUUCCUCUGCUGCACGCGAGUUGAAGAUGGAAACCACAAAGCCAGAAAAGGCUGAUAAGAAGGAGGAGGAGGACAUCGAUAUUGAUGCCAUUUAAAAAUGGAAAAUAAAAAAUGAAUUUGCCUCUCGAUGCUUUGCGAUGCUGCUCCUUGUUAAAGCGUUCCUACUCUUCAGCUCUAGGCCUGCAUCAGUGCUGUGCUAGAAAGCCUUAUUUUAGUCGCUAUUUUAACUUGUUGCCAUUGUAUUUAUAUGCAUGAAAAUCUCUGGAUUAUAGGGUGCACAAGUCAUCCUUCAUUCCUUCUUGUAUUUUUGAAACUAUUAAAGAAUGUUUGACAGUGAA